GCCUCUCAGCCUCUCUCCACCUGUGAGAUGCUCUCCUUGGAUCUGCUGGGUCCCAAGUGGGACGGCCCCCUGGGCUCCAAGGACCUGGAGGAAGAGGAGGGCCCAUGGGGAGGAGGCUCUGGCCUGCUGCCCCCAGACUCCUUCCCUGGCUCCUGGCGCCUCGACGUGGGCCUGGACUGCAAGGGCUCCCCCGAAGGGGCAGAGGCCCGGGCCUGGACUGCCUACUACUACAGCCUCCUGCAGAGCUGUCUGCAGCAAGCUGGCCUUCCGGAGACCCAGGACCGCAGUCAGGUGCCCCGCACAGGCUGCCCUGGGGCAGAGGUGACCUUGUGCAUUCUGGGAUCCCCCAGCACCUUUCUGUCUGUGCUGCUGGAGGGGGGGGUCCAGAGUCCGGGAAACAUGCUUCUUUGCCUGUCCCCUGCUUGGCUGACGAAGGUCCCAGCACCAGAUCGGCCAGGAGAGGGGGCCCUGCUAGUCUCCAAGGCAGUGAGCUUCUACUCUGGGGGCCUGACAUUCCUGGAUGACUUUGUCCCCCAGCGCCAAGCCACCUACUUCCUGGUGGGCCUGGGACCCGGGCCUGGCCAGGGUAGGGAAGCAGCUGAGCUCGCUCGCGACCUCACCUGCCCUACAGGAGCCUCAGAGGAGCUGGCCCGGCUGCUGGAGGACCGGCUGCUGACAAGGCAUUUGCUGGCCCAGCAGAGUGGUGUGGCUGUGCCAGCUACCCUGGCUUUCACCUACAAGCCGUCCACACUGCUUCGGGGAGGGGAUGUCAGCCCGGGACUCCGGCUGGUGGAGCUGAGUGGCAAAGAGGGCCAGGAGGCUCUGGUGAAGGAGGAAGUAGGGGCCUUUCUGCGCUCUCAGGCCCUGGGUGAUGCCCUGCAGGUGGCCAUCAAGCUCAGCAGCUGGCGCUGGCGGGGGCGGCAGGCACUGCGUCUGCACCCACGAGCAGAGGUGGGCCCAGUGGCAGACACAGUGGUGGCAUUGCUGGAGAAACUAGAGGAGGAGGAGAGUGUCCUCGUGGAGGCGGUGUGCCUACCUGCCCGGCUGCCCUUCCCAGGAAACCCCCCACCAGGGCCUGAGCUGGCUAUGCGGAUCUGUGCUGUGGUGUGUCGGACACAGCGUGACAGGCCCCUGCUGAGCAAGCUGCACCUGGUGGAUUCAGACCCCAACCACUUUGCAUCCCAGUUGGUACAAACCUUCAUCCACUUUGAUGUGACGGAGCACCGGAAGGAUGAAGAGAAUGCACGGCUGCUGGCAGAGCUGGUGCGGACGCGUGGCCUGCAGCUAGAUGGCUGCUUCUCCUACUGGGAUGACUGCCUGGUGCUCACGGCCUUGCUCUGCCAGGAGCUGGGUCUGCCCUGCAGCCCCCCAGCUGCCAUGCGCCUGGCCAAGCAGAAGAGCCACACCCAUCUGCACCUGUUGCACCACCAAGGUCCUCCUUGGCCUUCACCCUCCCUCUAUGCUGUGCCUUGCUGCCCACUGGAGAGUGAGGCCGACGUGCAGAGGGCUGUCCGCCAGGUGCCCCUGCCAGGUGUCAUGAAGCUGGAGUUUGGAGCGGGCGCAGUGGGCGUGCGGCUGGUAGAGGAUGCAUCACAGUGUCACCAGCACUUUUCACGGAUCGCCCAUGACCUGCAGGGUGAGGCCGAUCACCCUGGCAUUGGGCUGGGCUGGGGCAACUCCAUGCUGCUGAUGGAGUUCAUUGAGGGCACUGAGCACGAUGUGGACCUGGUGAUGUUUGGUGGGAGACUGCUGGCUGCCUUUGUCUCUGAUAAUGGCCCCACGCGGCUGCCUGGCUUCACUGAGACGGCAGCCUGCAUGCCCACUGGGCUGGUUCCGGAGCAGGAGGCGCAGCUGGUGCAGGCGGCCUUCCGCUGUUGCCUGGGCUGUGGGCUGCUGGAUGGGGUCUUCAAUGUGGAGCUCAAGCUGACCCGGGCUGGGCCUCGGCUCAUCGAGAUCAACCCUCGCAUGGGCGGCUUCUACCUUCGAGACUGGAUCCUGGAGCUCUAUGGUGUGGACCUGCUGCUGGCUGCUGCUAUGGUGGCCUGCGGCCUGCGACCUGCCUUGCCUGCCCACCCACGGGCCAAUGGCCACCUGGUGGGUGUCACUGGCCUACUGUCUCAGCACUUGCAGGUGCUGAGUUCCACUGCCAGCCAAGAGGCUCUGCAGGCUCUUCACGACCAGGGCCUUCUGCGCUUCAAUCAGUUUGCAUCUUUAGAGGAGGCCCGGCUGCCUGGCCAGUAUGAGGAGCCCUACUGCAGUGUGGCCUGUGCUGGGCCCAGUUCAGCCGAAGCCCGUCUCCGCCUGCUGGGGCUCUGCCAGGGCCUGGGCAUCGAUGGGCCCCAGUACCCCGUUGCCCACUUCCUGUCCCACUUCAAAUAGCACUGGGGCCAGGGGGCAGGGGCAAAGUGCUGGAGCGGGUGCUGUGGUGCCCUCAGCUUCCUGAUACUCUCCCUGCCUCUCUUCCCAUAGCCCUGCCCAGCCCUGGCCUAGUCCACUCCCAGGCCUCAGGUCUGUUCCAGAGUGGCAGGGCCAUUUUGACACCAAGGCCUCCUGGGCUUAAGGGCCACAAAAGAAAGAAAAGAAAGUAACUGGGGAGCUAUAGGGCCCUCCUGCCUUCCCAAAGGCCCCAGUCCAAACCACAGCUGCCCCAGGACUCUAGCCAUGGAGAAGUGAUGACAGCUGCGUGCUCAUGCGCGCACACACACCACCCCACACCCAGGGAGGUGGGAGUGGGCCCAAACCCAGCCCAUCCUCCCCACCCCUCCAAGCAUCUCUCUCUUCCAUCUGCGUAUAGGAGGAGAUAUGGCUUUGGACAAAUUCCAAGAAAACCUGAGACUAAAUGCCCUGUCCUCUUACCCCCUCUUUUAACAAAUUCCAGGACAGUUCUAGAGCCUGCUGACAACUUCUGGCAGUGCCCCACCUGCCUCAUUUGACGUGAGCAGUAGAAGCAGGUGACCUGAGGUCAGCAGUUACCAUCUCCCCUCCAGGUAGACAUGAUUGCCCCAUUCCACAGAUGAGAAAAUGGGCUCAAAAAGGAAAAAACAUUGCCUGAAGGUCAUAUCACAGUGGAUGGAAUGUCGAGGGACAAGAUGUAGGGUCUAGGUUCCUGCUUUUACUAAGUCUUACAUGCCCACUCAGCUUCUAGGCCUUGCUCACCUCCCGGCCCUCAUUCGUAUGUGGCCCUGACAUAUGUGAACGCCUCCCCUCUCAUGCACCAUGUGUCUUCUCCACCAAGCUUAGGUGCUUUGGCCUCGUGUACACCUAACUAGCAUUGGCAAAGGAGAGUCUACAGUCCCUUCCUAAUUCAGGAGAGGCUGCUUUAAGAACUCCUAUCUCUGCUCAGCAUAGGAGCUGGGAACAGCUCCACAAGCAUCCCUCUCCAAAUAAAGGUCUAAGGACUACUGAAA